CAUUCAUUCAUUCAUUCAUUCAUUCAUAUAUUCCACUGUAGAGUUCCAUGAACUAUACUACUGAAUAGGUACAUGUAAUAGUGUACAGUAGUAUACAAUUGUACACAUCUAUAUAAAUUAAUCGAUUAAUUUGUUCAAUUCCAGGGGAAAAAUGCCAAACUAUUUUCUUAAAGUAGGUGUAUAAAGAAAUCAAGAAGAAGAAGAAGAAGAAUGAAAUAGGAAAAAGGAAAGGCGGACAUAUUAGAUUCUUAUUCUUAUUAGAACUAACUAUCAUUAUUGUUAUUUGUUGAGGUUGUUAUUGUUGUCGUUGUUGUUGUGGUGAUAAUAAUCAUUGAAUGAGAGAGAAAGAGGGAGAUGAACAGAAAACAACAACAACAAAAAAAAAAGAGAAACAUGAAAAAGGAAUAUAUAUAUUCACCUGUUUACAUACUGAUUCAUUAUGACAUCAAUGAUUUCAUACAGGAUUAUUAUUAACAUAAUUCUACAAUUAUAUUGAAUGACUCCAAUGAUUAUCAUUGUCUCCAAGCGAAAAUCCUAAAUUAUUGAUUGAUCAAUUGAUUGGUUCAUUGAUUGAUUGAUUGAUUGAAAAAUAAACAAGGUGACAGAAAAUAUUGAUAACAAUGUCAGGAAAUUAUACAUCAACAUCAACAUCAUUAACAACAUCGUCAUCAUCAACAACAACGACAAUGUCUAAUCAUCAAUGGAUAGGUGAUAAAUCAUUCUAUAUACAUGAUAAUACUAAUUCAACCUUAUCAAAUAUGAUAGACAGUUAUGAACCAUUUUCUAAUUAUAAUACAAGAAUAACUUCGAAAUCAUAUAAUUAUUCGAAAUCACCACAACCACCACCACCACCACCACAACCACCACCACCACAACAACAACAGAAUGAUGCCUUGCAUAGUAAUAUACCAAGAAUUGUAUUAUCACCACAACUUCAAAAAUCAAUUAGAAAUGAUCAGCCUAUUCAUGAAACAUAUUUUCAAUCUAAACAAUCUUAUUCAUCAUUAUUUGUUCAAAAUAGAUUAGAAACAGAUCAUAAAUCAAUUAUACGGCAACAAAAUCCAUAUAUAAAUCAUAUACAAUCAUAUACAAAAUCAUCAAUACAAAUUAUGCCAGAAUCAAUAAUAUCAAUGAAUCGAUUAUGUAAAAAUCAAUAUCAAUCAAAUUUGAAUCCAUGUUUACUAUCCUAUGAAUCGAUUAAACCCAUUGUAAGUCAUUUAAAACCAUCUACAAAUGUAUUAAUCCCAAAAAGAACCUUAUCACUAGAGAUACCUAAUCAUUAUUUAAUCAAUACAAAUAAGAUAAUGAAUUCUCUUCCUCCUCCGAGAAGAACUAUUGCACCUAUCAAAUGUUGUAUAUUAGAGAAUCAUUAUAAUAAUAAUAAUAAUAAUAAUAAUAAUAAUAAUAAUGAAGAAGAACCAGAUAUAUGGAAUAUUGGUUCAUCAUCUGGAUUUGAUCAAUCGAUUACUUUUCGUAAUCGAAAAUCUCGAAUAUCUAGAUCAUCAUUUUAUGAUCAAAAAUAUAAAUUAUCAAAUCAAUCCAAACACCAUGGUGAUAUGAAUGUGAUCAAUUCAGAAUGUGGUAGUCUACUUAGUACAGAUGAAGAAACUGUUUCAUUGAAUACAAUAGAUAGUGAAGAGAAUAUGAAUAUAUUAAAUAAAUAUUCCAAUUCAUUACAACCAUUGAAUAGAAAUAAACAAGAAAUAUAUGGUUCAACAAAAACACUUAUACCAUCAAGUAAAUCCUGGAAAUUUCAUCAUCAAGAUUAUCCAUUAAGUUCAUCAUGUAAAUCAGUACAUUGGAAUAAAAGUCAAAGUAACUUAAUGAAUAAAAGGUUAAUUCCUUCAGACCGCAAAAUUGAAACUAAUCUACCUUUAAGUAUUCAACCAAAUAAUCUACCGAAUUCUGUAAACUUACCUCAAUUUCCAUAUCCAUCAUCACUUUAUGAUCAACCAACUACAAUUACUAAAACUUAUGGAGAUCCAUCCGGUGAUCAAUGGACAGUUUAUUAUCGUAAUCCAAAUAUUCCUAAUAUACAUAUUGAAUCAUCAAUAAAUGAUAAACCAACUGCAAUACUUGAUCUUUCUAUUCCAAACAAAUCAAUUUUAAAUCCAAAUUCAUAUAAAUCUCCUUUACAACAUUCCAAUGAAUAUACUACUCAAAUCAAAAAUAAUCAAUUAGUAAUACCAUCUCAAAGUAGUAUCCUAGAAACUUCUUCAAAAUUUCCAAAUAGGAUCAAAUUGAAUCAGAUCAAUGAAAUGGGAUCACUUGACAAUACACCCCAUAUACCUAAAAACAAACGUAGGGAACAAAGAUUAUUUUCAAGAAAACAAACGGAAUAUCUUAUUCAUUCAUUAGAAUCAUUAAUAAAUUCAAUAGAAAAAAAUAAUUUCAAUCUUGAAUUAGAAUUAAAAGAAACGAAUCAUCUUUUAAAUUUAAAUGAUAAACAAUCACUAUGCCAACAAAAUUCUAAUCAUGAUUUAAAUUUACAUAGAAACUCUUCGUUGACAACUAAAAUACAUCCAAAAGGAUUAAAUACAAAACAUGGUAUUGUUAAUCGUAAUGAAUAUAAAAGAAAAUCAGCUAAUUUAAAUCAUUUAGAUGAAUUUACACAAAAUCGUAAUGAAAAGGUUGCUGUUGAAGUACGUGUAGUAUUUUUAAAAAUUGGUGAAAUUGAUACAUUGAAAGAAUUAUAUUAUGCUGAUGCAUUUCUUCAAGCAAAAUGGAGAGAACCAAAACUUGAUGGACAUACAGCUGAAGAAUUGAGUAUUACCGAGCUGGAACAAUACUGGAAUCCUUUGUUAUAUAUUGAUAAUAUAUUAAGUGAAACGAAAGAUACUCAAUGGAUAAUGGCUGUACGAAAUGAAUAUGGUGAAGUCUAUCUAAUGGAACGUAGACGUAUUAAAGGUGUAUUUUUAGAAACUUUGGAAUUAAAUGAUUUUCCAUUAGAUGUACAGGAUUUAACCAUUACUGUUACAACAGAACGACCUGAUACAGAAGUUGAUAUUAUUCCUGAUCAAGUAGAAAUGUCUGCUAUCAAUAUACAAACAUUUGUUGAUCAACAAGAAUGGAAAUUACAUGAACAUGUAGAAAUUAAAAAACGAAUUAUUAAACAAGAAUAUUCUAGUUCAAUGAAAAGUCAUCCAUGUUUAUCGGUAACAUGUCGAGCAGCUAGACGACCUGGAUAUUUUUAUUGGAAUGUAUUUCUUAUAAUGUUCAUGAUUUCUGGUUUAGCUUUUGCUACAUUUGCUGUUUCACCGGAUAAAGCAGAACUUCGUUUACGUUUAUCAUUUACAUUAAUUCUAACUAGUGUCACAUUUAAAUAUGUGAUUACACAAAGUUUACCAAAAAUUUCAUAUUUAACUUAUAUGGAUAAAUAUGUUUUAAUGUCAUUAUUCAUUCUGUGUAUAAUCAGUAUAUGGCAUGCAGUUGUUACAUUGAUUGGUUUAGAUUUUGAUUUACCUGAUUCUCCUGGAUUUGGAUCAUCUUUGCCUGGUAGUAAUACUACAACUACAACUGCUACAUCUGCUAGUAUUUCAUCGAAUUUAAAUGUAAAUACAACCAAUCAAGAUUCUAGAUUAUAUUUUCCUAAUUAUAAUAAAUCAGAAUCAAUACAAUCUACUCUUAAUCCAUCUCAUCAUAAUUCACAAAUGAAUGAAUCAAAUUAUAAGUUUUUAAAUACAUCUCAAAUGCCAGGACAAAUAAAUACUUCAGAUGUAUUAUCUUCAUUGCAUAAUCUCUCAUCAUUACCCCCAUUGUCUAUGUACAAUAAUCUGUUACAGAAUGAUUCCCUUACACUAUUAUCAAAAACAUUAACACGAACACCAUUAGUGACAACAACAACUGUUAAUCAAACAUUUAAUUCAUUAUUAAAAGAACAAAGCAAUGGAUGUAGUCGUACUAAUCGUAUGGCAUGUUCUGAUUGGAAAAUGGUACAACAAAUAGAAAAACAUGUAUUCAUAUCAUUUGUUACAAUUUAUAUAUUGGCACAUGCAAUUUUUAUAUUUUGGCUUUAUUUCGAUGCAAGUAGACGUAGACGAGAAAUGACACAGAAGGAUAAAGAUUAUAGAGCAACUAAACGACCAAUUAAUCAAAGAGAAUUUGGAUCUGGAACAUCAUUAUGA